GCCGCCGCCGCCACCUCAGUCAGUCAAUUCCCAGCAAUGGCGGAAGGAGGUGAGCGAGAGGAGCUGCUCUCUCCGUCGCCGGUCUCUCCGGCUAAGCGCCUGUGCUCGUGGCCCAGCCCGCAGGCUCACCACCCUCGCGGUUCGCCCGGGGCCGCCAGCGGUGGGGUGGGGGGCGUCGGCGGCGGCUGCCUGGCCCCCGGGGCCCGCCCCCACCUGCAGCCCGAGUCCUUGCUGGACUGCGCCGCCAAGACGGUGGCGGAAAAGUGGGCGUACGAGAGGGUGGAGGAGCGCUUCGAGCGGAUCCCGGAGCCCGUGCAGCGCCGCAUCGUCUACUGGUCUUUCCCGCGGAAUGAGCGGGAGAUCUGCAUGUACUCCAGUUUCCAGUACCGUGGCGGCCCCGGCGCCGGAGCGGCUGGCGGCGCCGCGGGGACUUCGCCGGCCGAGGAGGGGCCGCCGCCGCCCCCCGGGGCCGCAGCUCCGACCGGCUCCGCCCCCGGGGCCACCGCGGCGGGGGCGUCCGCCGGGCUGGGCACAGCGGCCGGAGCGGCGGGCGGCGGCGGCGAGGGGCUGCCGUUCCGCCGGGGCAUCCGUCUGCUGGACAGCGGCUCGGUGGAGAACGUGCUGCAAGUCGGCUUCCAUCUCAGUGGCACAGUAACUGAGGCAGCUACUCCUUCUGAACCAGCAGUGACUUACAAAGUUGCGAUCAGUUUUGAUCGAUGCAAAAUCACUUCAGUGACAUGUGGCUGUGGGAACAAAGACAUAUUCUACUGUGCUCAUGUGGUAGCACUCUCACUCUACAGGAUCCGUAAACCAGACCAAGUCAAAUUGCGUCUUCCUAUCUCAGAAACCCUUUUCCAGAUGAAUAGGGACCAGCUACAAAAGUUUAUUCAAUAUUUAAUCACGGCCCACCACACUGAAGUUCUUCCUACUGCACAGAAACUGGCAGAUGAGAUUCUAUCCUCCAACUCCGAAAUCAACCAAGUGCAUGGUGCCCCUGACCCCACAGCUGGGGCCAGCAUCGAUGAUGAAAACUGCUGGCAUUUGGAUGAGGAACAGGUCAAAGAACAAGUGAAACUCUUCCUCUCCCAGGGUGGUUACUAUGGCUCUGGGAAGCAACUCAAUUCAAUGUUUGCCAAGGUUCGAGAGAUGCUGCGGAUGAGGGAUUCCAAUGGAGCCAGGAUGCUGACGCUGAUAACUGAGCAGUUUAUGGCUGACCCACGACUCACACUCUGGAGGCAGCAAGGAACAAGCAUGACAGAUAAAUGCAGGCAACUUUGGGAUGAGUUAGGGGCCUUAUGGGUAUGCAUCAUUUUAAAUCCACAUUGCAAACUGGAGGAAAAGUCCUGUUGGCUACAGCAGCUGCAGAAGUGGAGUGACCUGGAUGUCUGUCCCCUGGAGGAUGGGAACUAUGGGCAUGAGCUGCCCAACAUCACCAAUGCACUUCCCCAGAAUGCCAGUCACAGCCCAGACUCCUUAUCCAGACCACGACGAACAGUGUUCACUAGAGCCAUCGAGGGCCGUGAAUUACAUUGGCAGGACAGCCACUUACAGCGAAUAAUAAGCAGCGAUAUAUAUACAGCUCCUGCCUGCCAGCAGGAAAGUGAGAAACUACUGUUUAAUUCCCAAGGCCAGCCACUGUGGCUUGAGCAUGUGCCUACAGCCUGUGCUCGGGUCGAUGCUCUGCGCUCCCAUGGUUAUCCAAAAGAGGCCCUCAGACUCACAGUGGCCAUUAUCAAUACUCUGAGGUUGCAGCAGCAACGGCAGCUGGAAAUCUACAAGCAUCAGAAGAAAGAACUGUUACAGAGAGGAACCACAACCAUCACAAACCUGGAAGGCUGGGUGGGCCACCCCCUGGAUCCCAUUGGCUGCCUGUUUCUCACUUUGACUGAGGCCUGUCGUCUGAAUGAUGAUGGCUAUCUGGAAGUGUCAGAUAUGAAUGAAAGCAGGCCCCCUGUGUACCAGCAUGUACCUGUGGCUACAGGCUGUCCAAACAGCCAUGAGUCCUACCUGUCAUUGGCCCUGGAAGUUGCUCUGAUGGGGAUGGGUCAGCAGAGAGUGAUGCCUGAAGGCCUCUACACACAGGACAAGGUGUGCCGUAACGAGGAACAGCUCCUGAGUCGACUUCAGGAGCUGCAGCUGGACGAUGAGCUAGUGCGAACACUGCAGAAACAGUGCAUCUUACUCCUGGAGGGAGGCCCCUUCAGUGGUCUAGGAGAAGUCAUUCACCGAGAGAGUGUUCCCAUGCAUACCUUUGCCAAGUAUUUGUUCUCAGCUCUGCUGCCUCAUGAUCCAGACCUGUCCUAUAAAUUAGCCUUACGUGCCAUGAGGUUACCUGUUCUAGAAAACUCAACUUCUACAGGCGACACUUCUCACCCUCACCAUAUGGUGUCUGUGGUGCCCAGCCGUUAUCCUCGCUGGUUCACGCUUGGACACUUGGAAUCACAGCAAUGUGAACUGGCCUCCACCAUGUUGACCGCUGCCAAAGGGGAUACUCUGAGGCUCCGAACAAUUCUGGAAGCAAUACAGAAGCACAUCCAUUCUUCCUCCCUCAUCUUCAAACUGGCCCAAGAUGCAUUCAAGAUUGCCACUCCCACAGAUAGUAGUACUGACAGCACCCUGCUCAACGUGGCCCUGGAGCUGGGGUUACAGGUGAUGAGGAUGACCUUAUCAACUCUUAACUGGAGGCGCCGGGAGAUGGUGCGGUGGUUGGUGACCUGUGCUACAGAAGUGGGUGUGCGGGCCCUGGUGAGCAUUUUGCAGAGCUGGUACACACUCUUCACCCCCACCGAGGCUACUAGCAUUGUGGCUGCCACAGCUGUAUCCCACACCACUAUCCUGCGCCUCAGUCUUGACUAUCCACAGCGGGAGGAGCUGGCUAGCUGUGCUCGCACGCUGGCCCUACAGUGUGCCAUGAAGGAUCCCCAGAGCUGUGCCCUGUCAGCCCUUACACUCUGUGAGAAAGACCACAUCGCCUUUGAGGCAGCCUAUCAGAUCGCCAUUGAUGCUGCCACCGGCGGCAUGACACAUUCACAACUGUUCACCAUUGCCCGCUACAUGGAGCUCCGUGGCUACCCGCUACGUGCCUUCAAAUUGGCCUCCCUGGCCAUGAGCCAUCUCAACCUGGCCUACAACCAGGAUACCCAUCCAGCCAUCAAUGAUGUGCUCUGGGCGUGUGCCCUCAGCCACUCUCUGGGCAAGAACGAGCUGGCAGCCCUCAUCCCCCUGGUGGUGAAGAGCGUGCACUGCGCCACGGUGCUUUCAGACAUCUUGCGGCGCUGUACAGUGACGGCCCCCGGCCUGGCGGGCAUCCCAGGCCGCCGCAGCUCUGGAAAGCUCAUGUCCACCGACAAAGCUCCGCUGCGCCAGUUGCUGGAUGCCACCAUCAAUGCCUAUAUCAACACUACACACUCACGCCUGACACACAUCAGCCCUCGCCACUACGGAGAGUUCAUCGAGUUUCUGAGCAAGGCUCGGGAGACCUUCCUGCUGCCCCAGGACGGCCACCUGCAGUUUGCCCAGUUCAUCGACAACCUCAAACAAAUCUACAAGGGCAAGAAGAAGCUGAUGCUGCUGGUUCGAGAGCGCUUUGGCUGAGAAAGCAAACAACUCACUGCCGGGGCAGCCUGGGCUCCCAGGUACCACAGGUCAGGCCAAGGACACUGAAACAUUCGUCCACCCUGAGAGGACUCUGAGCUCCUGUUGCUGAAGCCAAAGCACCACAGGGCUAAGCAUGGGAGAGUCCAACUCUAGCCAAUAUGCCUUCCUUGGCAAAGUUCUCACUACAGCCCACUGUUCCUGAAGGAGCUGGGCCCUGCAGAUUGAUCAGAAACCCCACAACAUGCCACCUCACGCCCUUAUAUCCUGCGUGUCCUGGGCAUUGGCCCGCUCUCCCUUGGCAAACACAGAACACUGUUCCGUCUCAGGGAUCGCUUAACCAGAGAAACAGAAGCAUUUAUGGUACUGUAAAUACUAUAGUAUAUGUGUUGCCAAUUACACUGUAAAGUUGUAACUAUUUAUAAUUCUGGUUCUAAUUUGAUGGGUACUUGAAGUAGCUGUGGGUGGGAAGAUAGGCUUGUUUUCUGAGGAGACGCAACCAUUUCUCAGGUUUCCCUUGCAGAAUAUAUACAGUUUGCAGUGGAAGAGUGGGGGUGGUGGGGAAUACAACGACCGGUUAGAAUAAAUCCCAGGUCUAGUCUAUGCAGAAACCCCAGCCUGCAGACACAGGGCAUCUAUAUAGCCCAGUGGUGGGAGAGGGCCAGGGCCAGGACUGGACUUAGACUCUUGCCUCAUGAAGCCACAAGGACAGUGAAGCUCUCACUCCUGCCACACACAGCCUCUCUAAGAACCUGUUGAGCUCCUGAGAAGUAAGUGCAGGGAGAGGGUGAAGGUCUGGGAGGCCACUGAGCUCAUUAACAUUCAUCUACUCUGGUCACCUUUGUGUUAGAGAGUGUCUGGUUUUAUCUCAAACUAUGUAUGUGUGUAUAUGUAUCUGUAUGGCUAAGUACGUGUGUCUCUGUGCAUAGAUCUGUGCAUACCUGUCUUGCACAUGUACUUAUGUCUGUCUGUCGGGUC